AAACUUACCAAUUUUAACAUCCAACAGUUGCCGGUGUUCGAUCCACGUUCGGACUUUACUUUUGAGAAAUUCUACUAGUAUUCAUUUGGAACAAGAAACAUGAGCGUUGCACCAGCAGGAUAUGACCAGCAGCCGGGCAUGAUGCAGCCCGGCAUGAUGCAGCCCGGCGGCAUGCAGCAGCAGACUGUCGUGGUCGGCGCCGCUCCACAGACGAUGAUCAUCAUGCAGGAGUCGAAGCCUGACAGCGGGCUGGGCAUGGCCAUCUUCACCUGCCUCUGCUGCUUCUGUCCGCUCGGUCUGCCCGCCAUCAUCUUCGCCUGCAUGGUUGACUCCCGGUGGGACUCAGGAGACAAAGAAGGUGCGAAGGCGGCCGCCAGGACGGCGACGAUUCUGUGGAAGGUCGCCCUGGGCCUCGGGAUAGCCGGAAUCAUCAUCGCUCUCAUCAUCGUCCCGGUCUACCUGUUCAUCAUCGUUCCCGCGCAGAUCGCGGCGGCGUUGUCCAGCGGCUAGUGCGACCAACUCUACAUACUUAUGCUUAGGCCCCGGUUUGGACAUGUGACCUCAGCAUUAGUAGUCUCCUCCUUUGCAGGCUAUUUAAACCUGGUAUCCCGUCAAAUCGUACUCUCCAAGCAGAGGUUUGGGUUUUGGGGUUAUUUUUACCGUGUUUUUAGGCUUUUUUUAAAUCGGGGUUUCUCUUUUUCAACUAAAUUCUUUUUCCACCAAACAGAUUUGUCGGGUUUGGUGGAAAAAAAUCAUCUGCAAAAGAGAAACCUCAAUAAAAAAGCCUAAAAACACGCUAAAAAUA